CCUUGGGCUGGGCUUGGCUUAGCUUGAACCUGGCCCAUACCACAUAGCUCUAUCCAUCCAAUGUUCUCCGCCGCACGUUGCUUCGUCCCUCUCCACCCCCAGCCGCAAGCCACCAUCCCCUGCCCGUGGCCCUGCCGCCGCACGCCGGCGCCCACCGCGGUGUCAGCCAAGCCGCGACGCUGGAGCAGAGGCCCCCGCCGCGACCGCUCAUGGGACGACGACGUCAGCGGCUCCGAUUCCGACGCUGACGACGGCUUCUUCGGGCAAGAACAGGAGGACGACGAACCGGAGCAGGACGAGCCACCACAGCCCGGACGGGCCGCCUCCCCGGCGCCGGAGUCCGCAGGGGGGCAGCUGCGGGGGUCCGACGUGCUGCGCGCGCUACAGAGGGCCGCGGCGGCAAAGGAGGCUAGGAAGAGCAAGAAGAACAAGCCGGGCCAGCGACAGGGGAAGGAGAAGCACACGGGAGGCGGUGAGGUGGCGGUGGCGGGGGAGGUGAGGCCGGUGGUGAUAAGGCCCGAGUGGGCGGCGAGGAUCCGGGAGCUGGAGCUGAGGGUGCAGGAGCUCGCCGACAAGCACCACCACCACCAGUAGAAAGAGAAGCUGGCCAGUGAGUGACAACUGAGCAGCAGGGCCUGCUCUGCUUUCUCAAUCUUUGCUGUGUCUCAAGAUUACAAAGAACCAAAUCAUCACACAAUGUUGCCGCCAACAUGUUAGCAGUUGCGCACUUUGCAUUCCAGCCAAUCUGCACCUGCAGUCAGCUAGGCUUUUCAAGGUUCUCAACAAUACAAAAUCGUGCAUGUUACAUUUCUGACAAAAGCAGUACACGUAACUCUGGUAGCUACAGUGGUACCAUUUUGCUGACUGGCUCCUGUAACUUGAGAACAUUUGUUCAUCUGAGAACUUGAACU